GGUUGAUAAAAUUGUAAUUACCACUUCCUUUCUUUCAUUAACGUUUCGGGUUUGGUUCAGUAGAAAAAAUACAGCGCUUUUAGGCACUACUAAAAGUAUUAUACCUUAAAACUAAUGUAUAUUUAAAUAAGUAGUAGAUCAUAUUUUAACAGAUGAUUUCUCGAGGUUCUUACCAAAUUGCUAAUAUGGAAGCAGCCAAAGCAGCAAGACAGGAUCAGUCUUAUAGAAGCUGUGUUUUAUCACUGAUAAUAUUCUUUUUUCUCUGUAUGAUUCUUAUCCUAGCCAGUUUACCGUGGAAAUUAUACCGCUCCUACAAUUCUGAAGAAAAAGGUGAAUAUGCAGGUACAAUACAGCACCAUUAUCACGAACAUCAUACAGAACAUGAAACUGAAAGAACAACCAGCACUACGGAAAGAACUAAAUUAUUAAUUACUACAACUUCUAUAGAUGAAAUGAAUUCAAUAGAAGUAGAAACAGAAACAACAUUAAACUUUGAAGUAUUCACCGAAAAUUCUCGUGUAAUAAAUGAUACAAAUUUAGAUAUUGUUGAUUCAUCUAAAUCUAAUAUCGAGACUGCUACGGAAGAUUUAUCACAGACGGAAACUUACAAGGAAGCUGCAGCUGAAGAAUUCGAUAAUUCUUCGACGGCUAAUAUUAAUAUUACAGAAAAUAGUACAUCAAUUUUGACGAAAGAACAUCAAGAAAUAGAUACUACAGAAACUUUUACUACUACUGACUCGGGCAAUAUUAAUCAAGAAACUCCCCUUGAGGUCGAAGAGUCGAUAGAAGAUGUUAUUAAAUCGACAAUGAAAGAAGAAAAUGUCACGAUUAAAUCUACCACUAAAGAUCAACAAAAUGAACGAUAUUCUUCAAUAUUAAACAAUGAGACUACAAGUACGACUUUUAGUUCACCAAUUGAUAAGCCAGUGUGUCACGAGGGUGAAUGCAAAAAUUUGGCCAGCAAGAUAUUAUUUUAUAUGAAUCAUACGAUUGACCCAUGUGAAGAUUUUUAUGAAUACGCUUGCGGUAAUUUCGAGAACAAUCCUCAAAUCGUAGAAUGGAAUUUGGAAGAUGCAGCUUAUCAACGUAUUUUAGGACAAAUGCUGGAAGAAAAUGAGAAAAAUAUAUCUUCUAUUUUCACCACCUAUUACAACAGUUGCAUGCAAUACGAGAGUGUCAAUCGGACAGAAAGAAUCAAGCUGGCGAGAGAGGCGUUAGAUAAGGUAGGCAAGUUUUAUACUGAAGAAACAUGGCCUGAAAACCAUAUAAGCCUUACCGAACUACUCGCUACACUAUUAUUAAAAAACAGCGCUUUACUGUUCGACAUAGUUCCGGAUCUUAACGAAUAUUCUUCGACAUUCACCCUUAAAAUAAGCCCAACGACAUACGAUGAUCUUUUUGAAAUAGACGAAAAUAACGAACUCUGUUACGCAAAUAAAUUAAAAAGAGAGAAUGAGACGGUGAAUCUAGAAGAAUUGUAUACGGAAUAUGAAACGUGCAAAGUUGAUACGAAAAGGUUAAUAAAAUCAGUUUCUGAAUCCUUGACGAUGCUUGGGAUAUUCAACGAGCUGAAUAAUACGUACAAUAUUUCUCAAUACAUGAAUUUCACAAUCAUUAACAUCGAUCUGUAUAUAUUGCAACAAUUUUUCGCAAAUUUUCCGUCUAAGAACAAGAUCCGCGAGGCGGUACUUAUGAAAAAUUACACUCUUGUCACUGUCAAACAAUUGGAUAGCGAGUUUAAAAUCAUAAAUUGGUCGCAUCUAAUUUACUUAUUAACGAACGAAAAGGUUAAACCGGAAGUAAAAGUGCAGGUUUAUUUUUACGAUGCCCUAUCUAAAGGAUUGAAAAAUCUGGAAAGGUUGGAAGAAGAAGACCCGAUGACAUUGCAUAAUGCAUUAUUAGGAUUAUAUGUACGCAAUCUGUAUCACAAGUUAAUUAUAUCAAAACAUCCAGAUGUUGAAAAACACUGCCUUCGCGUUGCUACCAACGUUUUAAUCCCGGAAGCUUCGAAUUUAUACAUCUCUUCGUUCACAAAUGAUCAACUUACGUAUAUGAAUGAAACUAUACAUAGUUUAUUUGAGACACUUAAGGAGACCCUAAAAUUAAAACUCACGGAUGUAACAUGGAUUACAGAAGCGGAACGUAACGCAUCGAUUGCAAAAAUAAAUAAUCUUAAUGUUGUCGUACCUGAUAUUUCAUACUAUACCGAUAGCAAAUCAACUUAUAGAAAAAUUCUAGCAAACCAGAUAAAUCUGACAAAUAACUAUUUCGAAAAUUCAGUGAUUUUGAUGCAAAGGUACCGAAAAUUAAUAUAUGCAGAACUAUUUACAAACCCGGGGCAUUCUGCACAAAUAUGGACACAUUACGCAACACCGUACCAAUCUAAAGGGCUCGCGAUUUACGGAUUAAACCUCGUUGUAAUACCUUAUGGUGUAAUUGAUUGGUCCAUGAAAUACAAUGAAUCUUCAUUUAAUUACAUAAAACUGGCGACACUUGGUAACAUAAUAGCACACCAAAUUGCUCAUCAUUUUGAUGCAAAUGGUAUCUAUUAUUGGAAUGGAAAUCGCAAUGCCAGUUCUCUAUUAAACGAUGGUGAUUCUACAAACAUGAAUUUCAAAGAUUACAUUGACUAUCAGCGAAAUGUUCUCUAUAAAAAUUCUAUGGCUAUGACAUUACCAUUUACAGGACAGAACGUACUUUAUAAGAUUUCCCAAUUGACUCUAAAUGAACGUCUGUCCGAGGCGAUGGGACUCAGAUUAGCCUACGAUACUUUGACUCAAUUGAUGUCUAAAGAAUCGUGGCUUUAUCUUCCAUGGCUUGAACUGGAUUUCAAUAAGUUAUUUUACCUCAUCUAUGCUCAGAUGUACUGUACAAAGACUCCACUUACGUCAUCGUAUAUAUCAUUGUACGAGAACGAACAGUUACCAAAUCGAAUUCAUAUUUUUGUUUCUGCAUCCAACAAUAGGCUUCUCGGUGAAACUUGGAACUGUCCAGAAGGUUCACGGAUAAUGCCAAGUUAUGUAUGCAGUGCAUUUCCGUAUAUUCAAUGUAACGAAGAAGCUACGAUAACGUAACGUGACGCAAUAAUUAUAUAAACUACGAUUCGUAAAUGAUACGACGAUCAAUUUUUUUAUAAGGAAGCGUUAUUAAUUGGUAACGACGCUCUUCAUUUAUUCUCAGGAACAUAUUUUUCAUAACAUUCACACGCAAACAGGCGCAGUAUGCAAAAAUCAGACGAACUCAGGUAUUCAACAGCCUAUUACAUUCGAAACUGCGGCUUUGUAUGAUCUUAUAAUGCGACUAGAAAAUUUGACAGUGUAAAUAAUUCACCCUUAAGUUGAAUGUUCCUUGUUGUGGAUUUGUUUACAACUGCUUCUUUUCCAGCAAACCCAUAGAUUUUGUAGAAUGAACCAUGUCCCCUAGAACACACAUAAAUUGUUACAAACAUUCAUUAGUCCAAUAUUCUAUCUACCAAUGAUGGACUGAGCUGUGACAAAAAAUGUAUAUUUAUAUAAUACAUAUAAAAUGUAUAUUAAUUUAAAAAUA